AUGGCGUGUAAAUUACAAUUCUUUGCUAAGGCUGAAGAAUUACGUUUAGUUUAUGAAGAUUGGGCAUCAGUGAAUCAAGCAUUUGAUGAAGAAAUUCAUCCAGAUGAUCUAGACGAUGACUGGAAUACCGACUGGGUCCUAGAAGGAGAUGAUGAGAAGGAAAGAUUUGAAAGUGAAUUUAAAAAAUGGAUAAAUAGUUGUCAUAUGGCUUUUUCACCUGCCGGCGAUGUAUUGGUUGUGGCUGACGAUCAUAGAAUUGCCAUACUAACUAGAAAUUAUCAGAAAUCUGACGACUCGAAAGAAGAGACUACAUGCUUCUGUCGUAACCGGAGUAAAUAUUUAUCCGAUGAUCCCAAGGAAAAAAUAUCGCAGGUUAUUGUUAUACCCAUUGCAUCACAACUAAGGAGUUCACAAGGCGGUCCAGACUGGACAUGCAUUGUGGUUGGCUUUUCUAGUGGUUAUAUCAGAAUUUAUGAACAAAGUUUAGAAGAAUUAAUCGUCCUUUAUGCAAAUCAAGUGGUAGUCAUUGAAGGUUUUAGCUUAUAUCAAUGCCUUAGGGCAUGUAGAAAUCAGUUAGCUCGAGCGACAGCUCAAGGAGCAGCGUCUGAUAUUAUCAAUCAAGCUAGUCUUGCUUAUAGAAAAUUACAUUUACGCUAUCAUUCUGAAAUUAGGGAUAUUGCCAGCUGUGGAUCCCUGAGAAUCAACGAUUUUCAUUAUUUUCAAUCUAUAACUAUGACCAAUAAUGCUUCAAUUGUACCUCGAGAUGCCACUGUUGCGCGUUAUAUAUCUGCUGGUGGUGAUCCUGUUGUGGGAUUGUAUAACGCAGCUGAUGAUAAAAUUCCUUCUUUCGCAUCCGUCGUUGUAUCUGCAGUUGCUACGAAGCUUAAAGAUGCCGUUUUAUCGGCUGCAAGCGGAUGGCUAGGUUUUGGUCAAAGUACGGCGGAUGCGCAGCCAAAAGUUCAGAAGCCAAAUAUCGAAAGUGGUAGCCCUUUGGAUCUAAGAUAUGGAUUGCCAGAUGAUAAACGCGUAGUUGAUAAAAUAAUUCCAGCUCCAAAUUCAGCAUUAGCAGUGACGGUUGAUAAUCUUGCACGCGUAUUACUUAUUGAUACUGAAACUGGUAUGGCAAUUCGUAUGUGGAAAGGCUAUCGCGAUGCUCAGUGUGGGUGGAUUCAGGUCUUUGAGCAACACAGUAAUCACACUGGAAAUCAAUCUAGCAGGAGAGGACUUUUCCUCGUCAUCUACGCAGCUCGUAGAGGUAUUCUCGAGAUUUGGCUAAUGCAGAAUGGACCUCGUGUGGCUGUCUUCAAUAUUGGGAAGAAUUGCAGGCUCCUUUAUACUGGACAUGAUACAUUGGGUGUUCGAUUCGCUGUUCAAAGUGAUGUAUUGAAUCCAAGAGAUGAUGAAAGUGCUGAACCUGAUUUGAGAAGCAGACUUACCAAGAUUUUCGAUUCUUUCGUUUUACCUACAUCUUUCCAGCAGGCAAUGUCUUCGGUUUUAAAUUGCUCUAAAGUAAAGCUGCAUACUUUAUUGUAUAUAACGGAAGAACUUAAACUGAAAACUUUUGGUAAAGAUACCAAGGAAGCCAGCCUAAUUCACCUUACUUGCUGCAUACAACAGCAACUAUUAGAUGUCUAUGAUGCUCUUAUUAAAAGUAAAUGUGACUAUUCUGGAGAUAAAACAGCAUCAGCGGAUACUAUUGAAUCAGCUAUUGACAUAGAUACCGAAGAAUUCGAUAAGUUGCUUCUAUCACUUAAUCGAUACCACGAAUGCACAAGGAGAAUAUUAGGACAAUCCAAGGGUUUUAAUCAAAAUUUUUCUGCUAUUCAGUGGCUAAAUAGCUUCGAUCUACAUUUUCUUAACGUCGAUCAGAAGUCAUCCAAGCACCAGAUAUUUAAUGGUAUCAUGUUAUCUGGCAAUUUAAGUGAAGAUGAAAAGUUGGCAUUAGGAGGCUUCAUGUUUUCAGACGUUCUAUCGGGAAUGACCUCAGUAUCCGAUAUUAUCAUACUUUUAAAGUCGCUGGACACAAACCUUUUACAAUUUUUGGCUGUCUUGUAUUUAUAUUGGUUAGACAUCGGCCACUUGGAACGGUACGAUGAUAUAAAACCUGUCGUUCGGAGACUAUACUUGUUAACUUUAGGCAUUAUUUCUAGCGAAGGAUUAAAACGUCUGACUACACAGCAUUGUACAAUAGCUGAUUUCUCAGUAUUAUGGUGGGAAUAUUUUCAUAAUAUCAUCUAUAAUUCUGUCGCACUCGGUGAAGCUGCAGUGCUGUCUUUGAUACUGCAAGCAGUUAUAAAAGUUUUACAGUCCCACGAAGGCGAAGUCAUGGAGUCUAUCAAGGAGGAACCAGAAUCGAAUGAAUGGAUAGAAUUGUCUAAAGAAACAGUCCAGUGGACAUUAUCCUAUCAACGAUUACUUGAUUUAAUAGCUAUUUCUGAAUUUGCAAGCUUUUCAUUUUCUAUGAAGCAUAAUGAUGGUGCGAAAAAUACGACCGAUGAGCAGAUGCCCCCUGCGCUGCUAAAUAUUAGCUUAAAAAUGGCGUUAUCCUCUGGAAAGGCUUUUUUCCCUAAACUUAUAUCCGAAUACUUAGUUGACAACUGUCAGAAUAUAUGCAAGUUAUUAUCAUUAAUUUCAAAGGAAAGGAUUGAUAUUGACGUUGAUGAUGGUGAUGAUUCUUGGAUGAAAGAAGUGAGGAGACUACAAAAUAUGCUUCCUGAGCUCCUUGAAACUAGCAAGUUAUCGUCUUAUUGCUCUAUACGUUGUGCUACAUUAUGGAAAGAAAAUAAAGAGGAGAUUAAUAAUUUAAAGUCGGCUGUUAACAUAGCAACAGUUAUGAGCGACACUGUUCUAAAAAGCGGACUAUGCAUUAAAAUAUGGAGGGACUACUUCGAAAAAGGCAUUCGUGAUAUCUUGGGACUUAUGGAUAAGGUUGGCAAAGCUCCGAAAGAUCGACUAUGUCGCAAGAUCUCAGGCAUGAGCGAGAACUCCCUCGAAGAGUUUUUAUUACAAUCUACACUGUUACUAGCUACUAUAUCGAAGAUCACAGAUGCAGAAAUGAUUCCUAUUUCGAACACUGUUGACGAACUGUGGAAUGAAAUUAGUGGUCCAGAAACUUUAAUUGAUGACAUCCUAGCGGAAAACUCUGGUAACAAUUUUAUGAUACAGUUGCAUCGGCAAAUUUGUUCCGUUUUAUAUCUGAUUAUGACCUUAAGAAUGAGGUCAAUAAAGCCGACGACUCUAUUUGAUACCAAGAGUAAAGAAAUCCUUUUUCAAGAACUAAGCAAAAAUACGCAAAUACCCAACGUUACAGAUGACGCAUCCUUUAUCAAUGCUCGAACUAAGUUUGGCUUGUCCGUGGCAAGUGCUAUCACAGAUAGUCUCCCGUCAAUAACUGAAGAAAAUGUAUCAGAGGCUUGCAAAGAAACAGCUGCAGGUGUAGCAUUUAAGCGCUUUGAAAUGCUCCGGUUUCUAUGUCGUACUUUUAAUGGAAUUGAUAAGGAUGAUAUAGAAAGAAAAAUUGUUUGCGAAUUAUUCUUACGUGGAUACGAUGCCAUGGCACAAGAAGCUGCAUCCUCUGUAGAAGAUGAAUCUGUGCUUGGACAAAAAUUGCUAACUGUAGCUGGCCAGAGACUUGCUGCAGUCCUCUUUGCAGACAAUAAAGUCAAGGAAAAUGUUGCUAGCUGGUCAAACUUACCACCUCAUGUAUACAACUGGAUAAAGUCACAGGAAUCUGAUUCUUGUGCAGUUUGUCACCUGCCUCUUCGAAGCACCUUAACAAUCUUACAGUUUGCCGCUAAGAUAUUAUCGAAAGAUAGCGAAGAUUUUAUUACCGCAACUAAUGUUAUAGAAGCCAUUACCUACUUAUUGUAG